GUCUUCAAAGUGCUCCCACCAGUGGAAUCAUUGUACUUGCUGGUCACGAAUCUAACAUUUACUCAGCCGGUUCGCUACAUCCUCCAGCCGAAUACAGAAUUUUGAGACUUUCCAGAGAUACUGACACUAAGCAUGAUUCCAGAACUACCCUUGGAUGUGAUCAGCAUUAUCAUGGGCAACCUGAAAUGGACCGACUCAGUGGCGUUGUUUCACUGCGCCCUCACUUGUCGUGACUGGCACUCCCUCGCCCAAGACUACCUUCCAUACUCCCUCGAGCUGACCAGUGCUUCCCAAUUCGAUGAUUUGUCGCACCUCAUGGUUCGCUCCGGCCGUCGGAGCCAUGCUGGCUUCGUGAAGUUUUUGCGGAUCAUCGCCCAUCUCAUACCACACGUGUUUGGUCAUUCUUUCAAGAGGAUCCAGACGCUCAAUUUACAAGACAUUGACUGGCAGACAAACCCGCUGCUCCAUCCGGGUUUCUUCACCUCGAUGGCACAAUUCAACCUCGUGACACAUUUGGGGUUAUAUGCUUGUCGUUUCUGUGGCCUGCAAGAUCUUCGACGUAUUCUGUGUGCAUUCCCUCAGCUGGAAACUCUAACGUUAGAUUACAUUUCCUGGAUUCCAGCCACAAGACAUCCAUCAAGUCCAGGAACCAUCCUUUCCAACAUGUCUGCGUGCAGUGCACGGACUCUAAUACUUUCACAGGGUUAUGAUCGUAGCAUGGAUUGCUUCUCGCAAGCUGACUUCCUAAUGCUCAUUUCAAAACUGCUUCUAUCAGUAGAGGCUGUGGAGCUUUGGAUUACCUCUACCAUGGACCUCAGUGGCAUCCUGAUUCUUCUUCGCAGCUUCCCCUGCGUCACCAAAUUGUCCGUCGUAGAACUCUUUCAGAAACCGGAGCACCUGCAGCAGAUGGUGCUGCCACCUACUUCUGCUCCGGAACCUCCCAUCCACCGAAUCCAGCUUGCACAAUUAAGACUCGAGAGUGACGACACGAACUUCUUUGCGACAUCGGUUGAAUGCUUUAUCGACGCAUUCGCCCCUGGAGGACUCACUAGAUUAGCUAUAUUCCACUCUGGACUGGCAACAUCUCUUGGCUGUCAUCUUGACAUGCUGAUGCGAACGUUUGGAAACUCUCUUGAAUCAUUGACUGUUAUUGGGUCCGGGAUUUUUGAGGUUGCGCAACUCAGCCUCGCUCCUUGUACCAGCCUAACUAGUCUCAGUCUUGACGUAUGGUCCGACCACACGUGGCACACGCUAUGGAAGAGUGUAGCGGAGAUUCUCUUUCACAUCACGAGCGCUCAGCUACAAGAACUUUGGAUCCGCUUAGACUCAGGAUCCCGCAUGGAGUACCUAUCUGAUCCCGAUGUAGCUGCCCGCUUCUUCGAUGAGCUCGAUAUGCUCAAUGUGUCUGGCAUUGAUCAUGUCAUCGAUCGUGAAAAAUUCUCUCAGCUAGAGCUAGUCGAAAUUCAGCUUGGGCCAUUCCAUGAGACAGGGGAGAGCACCAAUCAUAAAGUGGAGGCACAUGUGCGCCGCGUAUUCUCAGCGUGGGAUAUCUGGACAUCAAACGCAAUUACUUUGAUGAUGAGGAAUAUUAAGAGGAAUCCGCGACGCAUGAUCCUUUUCGGUGGUGGUGUCUUCCUAUUGUCCCCCUGAACCCCUGUGUAUAUGCGUGGCCAAACUCUUCUUUCAGUCAAGCUAUUCCCUCCCUUGCUACCUCUUCUGAACAACACAUCACUG